CCUCUGGCGCCGGGCGCCGACGCAAGGCGGCGCGGAUUUGAAUUUGGAGCCUCGUUCCCCAGCGCGGAACUUAGAGCGAGGAGUUGGCGUUCGAAUUCGCUCCGCCGCCUCGACGCCAUUGGCUGGUUCGCGGACGGCGGUGAGACGCCAUUGGCCUGUCGCCUCGCCCCGCCCCGCGCCCUGGUUGGCCGGAGACCGCGCGGAGGGAGUUAAAGAGUCGGCGCCUGCGGUGGGCUCUGCAGGCCAUGCUCGCACUUCCACGUCCCCCGCGGGUGUAGGCACGUCCUGCGUGGGCCCCGGGACUCGACCUCUCCCUGGAGGAGCUGGACGCCCCUGCUUUCCCGGCGCCAGACGAGACGAGCCUGCCCGCUCGCCGAGACGUGAAGAAGGGGAGCAGGGAGAGGGGCACCUGGAAACUGAAUGGUCGCUGGAAGUGACGUCUCUGCUCUUCGAGAGGGAGUCGGCUCAACUUCGCACUUCCAAAAUUUGCUUGCUGGGCUAUGGGAGAUGUGAGCGAAUUAAAAAUGCAAAUAACACCGGAAACUCCAGGAAGGAUCCCUGUUUUAAAUCCCUUUGAAAGUCCUAGUGAUUAUUCUAAUCUCCAUAAACAAACCCUUGCCAGUCCUUCUGUCUUUAAAUCCACAAAACUACAAACUCCAGGGGAAUUUAGGUGGUCUAUCGAUCAGAUGGCUAUAAUGAAUCCUGUAGACAUAGACCCGGAGGAGAUUCAUCGUCAGGCCUCCUACUUAAGUCAUUCUCGAACAGAUAAAGAUGUGGAAGACAAAAGACAAAAGGCCAUUGAAGAGUUUUUCACUAAAGAUGUCAUCGUACCCUCUCCCUGGACUGAGCAUGAUGGGAAGCAGGCUUUAGAGCUUCAUCCGAGUAAAUGUCUUAAUAGCAACAGUGACUCUCCGAAACUGAUGCUUCCCUCUGAGAAAUGCAAUGCUGCUUGUCAGACUCUGCUGUCUCUUCCCGUGGAUUUUAAUUUGGAAGCCGUAUUGGGAGACUAUUUUAGAGCUGAUGACUCGACGGACCAAUCUCCUGGGAACCUCAGUUCCUCGUCUCUAAGAAGGAAGCUCUUUCUGGAUGUGAAUGGGAGCAUCUCUGACUCCUUGCCUUCAGCUUCUCCUGGAAGUCCUCCUAGCAGCACUGGAGAAUCUCUUGAGGGACAGUUUUCUUCUAGCCCCAUUCAAAAUAGUGCAAGAAAAUACAGUUUAGGAAGCAUAACUAGCCCACCGGCUAUGUCUUUACCCACUUUCUCACCCAUUGCACUUCAAGUAGGGAAGACACCACUCUCAGAACAGAGGAAGUUUACAUUCCAUUCUCCUGAAUCUCCAUAUGGAACAAGUUCUACUGGGAUCACUAAUCCAAGCAUCAGGAGUCCCUACAUAGAUGGCUGCUCACCGAUUCGAAACUGGUCUCCUGGGAGACUCAGAGGCGGUCCUCAGUACUUGUCCUCACUGAUUCGGAUCCCUUUUACCCUUGAGACUCCAGGUGAAGAUGAAGACGACCACGUUCCCUCCGCAGCUGUCUCUCCACCAGGCACAAAUGCAGCGGUAUCCCUUCAGCAGCUGGACUGUGAGACUUCGCCAUGUGGCGAGUCUUUAGUUGUCACGGCCAUGUCUGUCACACAGAGUCAGUCCAGUGCCUCUGAGAAAGAGCUGGCGCUGUUGGAGGAUGUUGAAAGCAAGAGGGAAAAUGACACUGUGGAUAUGUUCGAUCCUAUAGACACAGUAGAUGAGAGCACUUGGAUAAAGGAGCCAGUGGAUAAUGGGAAUUUACCCAUGACCGAUUUUGUGAGUGGGAUUGCCUUCAGUAUUGAAAACUCUCAUAUGUGCAUGUCACCUCUUGCAGAAAGCAGUAUUCUUCCCUGUGAAAACAGUACUAUCCAGAUGGACAGUGGCUACAACACGCAGACUUGUGGAAGCAAUAUCACUGAUAUUGCUGGGACAGAGAGCUACUGCAGAGAAAGUGUCACACAGUCCUUUGAGGUGGAAAUGAAAUCUCAAGUCUGUAAUAUAAAGCAAGACCACACAGUGCAGAAGUGCUGGAUGAAAACUGCGAUUGCAUCUCAGUGCAACAGCCCAUAGAGUCCCAGGACCAAAGAUCACCGCUCAGUAGCCCUGGGUGUUUUCAUACACAUGGCUUACCAUGAUGGUGACUGGGGCAACGGCUUCAUUACAGCUAGCUCCCUCCAUAAUGUGAAAACUCAGUCCGCAAAGGACAUUAGUGACAGGAUCAGAAGCUCCAUGUUACUAAGUUACAAGCUUAUUUUUUAACCAAUAAAUAUUUUUGUAUUUGCUUUGAGUGGUUUGUUUAACAAAAAAUUAUGACAGCUGAUAGUUUUCUCCUGUCCUACAGGGUCACUGAACCACUUGUUAAGACUUUGAAUGAUAGUCCUGAAUUAAGCAAAUCUUAGAACAUGAUAAAAAUGUUAAAACCGAAUGCACUAUGUAUUUUUACAUGAAAACUGUGUGACAGAAAUCUUCAAAUAUAAAACUUACUGAAGAGGUAAAAAGGAAACAAAAUGGACUCCCUAAAACUUCAUUUCAGUGGGGAAAUGACUUAGUUUUUGGUCUAACCCUCUAGCUAAUACUCUGGCGAGUGUAAAUGCUAGCAGUGUGCUGGCUGGGCACCGACUGCAAACUGCCAUCCGUGGGGUGAGUGUAUGACGCCACAGUGCAGUACUACCAAUCCUAGGGCGUCCGUCAGCGCAGUCGUGGCUAGGGGGAUGGACAGAGCAUGGGAGAACCAGAAUCAUCAGGAAACAGUGGAAUUAACUCCUUUUUGGCUUAGAACCAUGAAGAAACAAUUGGGAAAAUAAGCUAAAUACAUUUUUUAAAAUCUGUAUAAUGUGUUUGGAAAUAUCAAAGACUGUAUUUUUGUAUUUACUUAUUUUGUAAAAACUGAUAUACUCAAAACGAUUCGUCAUUAGUCCUAGAAAAUAAAGAUGUAAUUAUCAUGUCA